AUGGUCCUCGCGCAACCCAAGAAUCUGCACAUUACCAAAGCCUUUGACCUGACGGGCAAAGUCGCCGUCGUCACGGGUGGUGCUCGGGGAAUCGGCCUCGAAGUUACUCGAGGGCUCGCAGAGGCUGGUGCAAAUGUACGUAUGCUAGUCUUGGGAGAUACCGAUUGUCUGACGCAUAUGCAGGUGGCUGUGAUUUAUAACUCAUCCCAGACGGCUGAUGUCACUGCUGCCGAAAUCGCAUCAGCAAACAAUGUGCGUGCAGCUGCGUACCAGGCCGAUGUUACCAACCAGACCCAGAUCGAGAAUGUCAUUCAACAAAUCUCCAAAUAUUUUGGAAAGCUAGACAUUCUCGUCGCAAAUUCUGGCAUCGCAACCUGUGUCGCCGCCGAAGACUAUACACCCAGCCAGUGGAGUGAGAUCAUGAAAGUCAACCUUGAUGGCGCAUUCUACUCCGCCCAAGCGGCGGCGCGUAUUUUCAAACAGCAGGGUUAUGGAAAUAUAAUCUUCACAGCUUCUGUGAGUGCGACAUUGGUUAAUGUGCCUCAGAAGCAGGCCGCUUAUAAUGCAUCCAAAGCUGGUGUGGUGCAGAUGGCAAAAUGUCUUGCGGUGGAAUGGGUAGACUUUUGUCGUGUUAACUGUAUAUCUCCUGGCUUCAUCGAAACAGAGAUUCUUGACAUCCACCCUGAGGAAUGGCGUAACAAGUGGUACGACAUGAUUCCAGCCCACCGGAUGGCCCAGACCUAUGAGCUGAAAGGCGCCUACGUCUUCUGUGCUUCGGACGCAUCUAGCUACAUGACUGGAGGUGAUUUAAUCAUUGAUGGUGGUUACACUCUGCCAUGA